AUGGCCCCUCACCAUACCCCCUAUGUCACUCCCCAUAUCCUCCACAAGAACUAUGCUCAGGCCCACGACUCUGAACAGUUUGGUUCUCUAAUUGGCCAGGACCUCGACUACUUUUCUCAAGCAGGUUUCGACAUGGACCGCAUCUCCAUCAAGCGAAAUGCUCCCGUCGCCCUGCUCUACGAAGACGCCAUUCGCAACGAGGGCGCCAUCAUUUCCUCCUCAGGUGCCCUCAUCAACUUUUCCGGAAAAAAGACCGGUCGCUCCCCCAAGGACAAGCGUAUUGUCUAUGAGGACACUUCCAAGGACGAUAUUUGGUGGGGUUCAGUCAACAUCAAGAUGGAUGAACAUACUUUUGAGAUCAACCGAGAACGUGCCAUCGAUUACCUCAACACUCGUGACAACGUCUACGUCUUUGACGGUUACGCUGGCUGGGAUCCCAAGUACCGAAUCAAGGUCCGGGUCAUCUGUGCCCGCGCCUAUCAUGCCCUCUUCAUGAAUAACAUGCUCAUCCGUCCCACCGAGGAACAACUCGCAGACUUUGGCGAACCCGACUUUAUCAUCUACAAUGCCGGCCAGUUCCCUGCCAACCGUUUCACAAAGGGCAUGUCUUCUACAACCUCGGUCGAAAUCAACUUUAAGCGUAUGGAAAUGGUCAUUUUGGGUACCGAGUACGCCGGUGAGAUGAAAAAGGGUGUAUUCUCAGUCAUGCACUACCUCCAGCCUAUCAAGUUUGGUCAACUCUCUCUUCACUCUUCUGCCAACGUCGGCAUCGAACACGGUGACGUCACUCUCUUUUUCGGUCUUUCUGGCACCGGCAAGACCACCCUUUCGGCCGACCCUAACCGACUUCUCAUCGGUGAUGAUGAGCACGUAUGGAGCGACACCGGCGUCUUCAACAUCGAAGGCGGCUGUUACGCAAAGUGCAUCAACCUCUCGGCCGAAAAGGAACCAGAAAUCUUCAACGCCAUUCGUUUCGGCUCCAUCCUCGAGAACGUCGUCUACAACCCCGUCUCCCGAGUUCCCGACUAUGACGACUACAUUCCCAACGCAAAGAUUCCCUGUGUUGUCGAACGCCAGCCCUCCAACAUCAUCAUGCUCACCUGCGACGCCUUUGGUGUCCUUCCCCCCGUCUCAAAGCUCACCCCAGAGCAAGCAUCUUACCAUUUCCUUGCUGGCUACACCUCAAAGACUCCCGGUACCGAAGACGGUGUCCUCGAACCCAUCCCCACCUUUUCCACCUGCUAUUCCGCUCCCUUUAUCGUCCUCCACCCCGGUCGUUACGCAGAGAUGCUUGCUGAGCGCAUGUCGAAACACAAUGUCGACUGCUGGCUCAUCAACACUGGCUGGACCGGCGGCAAGUUUGGCACAGGCUCCCGUUGCCCUCUCAAGUUUACCCGUACCAUCAUCAACGCCAUACAUUCCGGCUCUCUCAAGGAUGCAGAGUACGAAAAAUUUGGCGUCUUUGGCCUCAGCAUUCCCACCAGCGUCGAGGGUGUCCCGAGGGAAAUUCUCAACCCCGAACUCGCCUGGAAGGACAAGGAGGCGUUCAAGGAGGGAGCUUGUCAAGCUCGCUGGUAUGUUCAAGAAGGCCUUUGCGUUGUAUGA